CAAAUUCCUUGUGUGUUUUGGACAUACUUGGCAAAUAAAGAUGAUUCUGAUUCUGAUUCUGAUUACCGUUGAUGGGAAAGUUGUCUCCACCAACGUGGCCGCUACGUAGGCACGUCGCUAAGCCGGGCUGCGACAGCCCGCUGCCAUAUCGAGUCUUCUGUUCAUAUCUGUGAUCUGUCACGUCAGAAAUAGACCUGACUACUUUCUCGCUUAACCCCAUAAAGAGGGGCUAACACCGUUUUUUGUUGACAUAAAAUACAGACUGUAAAACAAUCCUCAAAAAUGACUUGCUGCAAAGUGGACAGCCGUCGACGCUGUGGCUCCGAGAGCGAGCGGAGGCGACAACAAGUGAGCUAGCUAGUUAGCUUCACAGGCCGUUUACCCCCACCAGUCAGCCCGGCGUUCUGGCGAAAAAGGACCGGCCAAGCUGGAGCCACUCUAUAGCCUGAGAGGGUAACACUUUCCCUGUCGCAUAAGCGGAAAUAGUUUCUCAACGAUGGCCUCCAGUUUCCUCGACACGGUAGGUUUUGCUUUCUCUCUCAUUCGGCUUCACCUUCGACUGAUUUCUGUGCCGGACGAGGUGUUGCUGUGUGGUCCGCAGGACGAAUCGUCCCCGGCGGGCCUGACGGACCUGUGCCUCACCUUCGUCAGCCAGAACCUGGAGUGCUUGUGCGUGAAGCGCGCCGACGGGUCCCUGUGUUUCAGGGAAGCUGUGCUCUUCCCCCAGGAGCUCGCAGACCAGCUCUUGGCCAAAAUGGCAACCGAGGGUAAACACACAACAUCACCUGAUGUGGCUAAAGCACUCACACUGGGUCUGCUGAACGACAGCACGGUGGGCGUGUUCCGGAACUGCGAGUACCUGCGGCUGAGGCGUGCGUGCGUCCGCACGGCGCGCAUAUCCGCAGAGGCCUUCCAGCGAGCCCUCUGUCCUCACAGGUUGUCGGAGCUGGACGCCGCACGGGUCAACGCCGACCUCACCAUCCCCGACAUUCUCCACGGGCUGGCCACCAACAAAUACUGCCAGGUUCCCUCAUGGGUCUGGAAAAGGAUAGUGCAUGAAAAUGAGUCCCUCCAGCGAUUGGUGCUCACGGGGCUCACCAUGUCCUCUCUGGAGGAGCCGAGCCCCCACGGUUUCAGCGCCCUCCAGGGCCUACGCUCGCUCUCCCUGGCCAACGUGGACUUCUACGACUCGGGUCUGGCCGACGUGUGCUCCCUGCCCCGUCUGGAGAGCCUAGACCUGUCCAACACGUCGGUCACCAACCUCAACCCGCUGCUGGGCCUGAAGGAGAGGCUGCGCUCGCUCACGCUGCACCAGCUGAAGAGGCUGGAGAUGAGCACCGCGCAGCUGCUGGGCGUCAUCGGCCAGCUGGACGUGUUGCAGCAUUUGGACAUCAGCGAUGACAAACAGUUCACCUCCGAUGUCGCUCGGCAACUGCUCGGACAACCCGGCAUACUACCGGCUCUCGUUUCUCUGGAUGUGUCGGGAAGGAAACAGGUUACCGACACAGCUCUGAAGGCGUUUGUAGACGAGAGACCGCAAAUGACAUUUGUGGGACUUCUGGCAACAGACGCCGGUUUUUCCGACUUCCUUUCCGGAGAAGGAAACCUUAAAGUGACUGGGGAAGCCAACGAAACGCAGAUCUGCGAGGCGCUGCGCCGCUACAGCGAACGGGAGGGCUUCGUGAGAGAAGCGCUCUUUCACCUCUUCAGCCUCACGCACGUCAUGGAGAAGCCUCGGCCGGACAUUUUAAAGCUGGUGGUCCUCGGCAUGAAGAACCACCAGGCCACGCUCAACGUCCAGCUGGCGGCGAGCGCCUGCGUCUUCAACCUGACCAAGCAGGACCUGGCGGUCAGGAUGCCGGUCCGCCUGCUCAGCACCGUCACUCAGCUCCUGCUGGAGGCCAUGAGAACGUUCCCCAACCACCAGCAGUUGCAGAAGAACUGUCUGUUGUCUCUCUGCAGCGACCACAUUUUACAAGAGGUCCCAUUUAACAGGUUUGAGGCAGCUAAACUGGUAAUGCAGUGGCUCUGCAAUCACGAGGACCAGAAUAUGCAGAGGAUGGCUGUGGCUAUCAUUUCCAUACUGGCUGCUAAGCUGUCCACAGAGCAAACGGCUCAGCUGGGAGCAGAGUUGUUCAUUGUCAAGCAAUUGCUCCACAUUGUUUGUCAGAAGGCCACUCAGGGCAUAGUGGAUGCCACCCUCAAAUUCACCCUGAGCGCCCUUUGGAACCUAACCGAUGAGUCGCCGACAACCUGCCGCCAUUUUAUUGAGAAUCAAGGACUAGACCUGUUCAUUAAGGUUCUAGAGUCCUUCCCUAACGAGUCGUCCAUUCAACAGAAGGUUCUCGGCCUGUUGAACAACAUAGCGGAGGUGGGUGAGCUGCACUGUGAGCUGAUGGUGCACACCUUCCUGGACCACAUCAGCACUCUCCUUCACAGCCCUGAAGUGGAGGUGAGCUACUUCGCCGCCGGCAUCCUGGCGCACCUGACAUCGCGCGGGAAGGACGCGUGGACGCUCGGCCCCGAACUCAGGUUCUCCCUGCUGGAGCAGCUGCACAACGUCAUCAUGAAGUGGCCAGCGCCCAACUGCGAGAUGGUAGCUUACAGGUCGUUUAAUCCCUUCUUUCCUCUGCUGGAGUGCUUCCAUACGCCAGGCGUCCAGCUGUGGGCUGCGUGGGCAAUGCAGCAUGUCUGCAGCAAGAACGCCGGGCGCUACUGCAGUAUGCUGUUGGAGGAAGGCGGCCUGCAGCAGCUGGAACGGGUGCACGCCAACCCGCAAACGCACCCGGACGUCGGGCAGCUUACGGAGAGCAUUUUGGAGAGCCUGGAGCGCCAUCGGGCACGCACGGGCCGGCCCACCGCUGCUCGCCCGCCACCGCUAUAAGCUACACCAGGGUAACCAAUCCUGCAAGACUCGAGUGAGUCUCAUGUAUAAAUAAAUGGACAGAGAGGAUGCAGUUGUUUGCACACAAACCUAAUUUAUGUCACAUACGAAUGUUGCAAGUAUGCUUCAAAGUCUAUGAGAUUUUUUAUUUUAUUUUUUCUCCUUUCUUGUUUGAUGAGCUGGAGCAUGCCGCAAUAAUACUUAGGUGCUGUCAAAUGAGAAAACAAAGAAUAGGAAACUGAGGUGAAAAAUGUAUUGUAGACUACAGAAUGACAACAGUUUAAUCGAUGGAGUGAUGCAUGUGUAAAUAUGCUUUGGUUACAGUAUAAAGUCAAAAUACCACAGAGAAUAAUUUGUAAUUUUACGAGAACAACGGUUGACAAUGAAUUGUGAUAUCUGGAGAAAGUUAUAAUUUUAUGAGGUGGAAUUUUUACACAACUCCAGAAAGUUGCCUAUUUUUCUUCAUAACAUUACAACUUUAUUCUCAUAACUGCUGGAUUCUCUAAAUUGAACUUUUUCUCUCAAAAUGCACUCGCGACAUUUUGAGUUUAUUAAUGUGACGUCGAAAUACCACCCAAAAAAAUUGGUAAUUUUACGCAAAAAAACAGUGGAGAAUGAAGUGUAAUAUUAGGAGGUAGUCUUCAUUUUACAAAAAUAAAGUUGUCAUAUUAGGAGAAAAUGGCAGAAAUUUUACGCAACUAACAUUCUCAUAGUUUUUCCCUCAUAAAAUGUCCAAAACUUUUUUCUCAAAGCAUGAUUUUAUUCUCAUAAUUUUACGACUUUAUAAAUGCAAUGUUACAAAUUUUGGGAAUUGACAAAAAAAAAAAAAAGUCCGAAAAUGCUAAGAAAAACAGUUGGACAACUUUAACAAUCUUGUUGAAUUGACGCAAAAAGUUUGCGAAAAAUGUGACUUUAUUCUCGUAAUUUUGCAUCACAGGGCGGCACGGCCGAUUGGUUAGCACCACCGCCUCACAGUUCAGAGGUCGUGGGUAUGUGGGUGAAUGUAUGAUUUUAUUCUGCUAUUAUAACUUUGAAACAUAUUACAAGAGUUACAAGAUCAAAAUUGCCAUAUUUUGAGAAUGAAAUCGUAAGUUAUACGAAAAAGAAAUUCUCACAACUUCCAGGCUUUAAACACGCAACAUUACAACUUAAUUCUUGUAAUGUUCCGACUUCAUUCUUAGUACAUUACGACAUAAUUCUCAAUGUUACUGUCGUCUUGUAACGUUUACGACUUUAUUAGUACAUUACGGCAUAAUUCUCAAUGUUACUGUCGUCUUGUAACGUUUACGACUUUCUUCUUAUAACUUCACUGCUUUAUUGCCAUAUUUAUUGUCAUUUUGGUAACUUGGUGCUAUUUUUUUCUCAUAAUCCUCCGACUUUAUUCUUGAAAUGUAUAUUGUUUCAACUAUAUUCUUCUGACGUAGCGACUUUCUCAGCUUCACGUUAUUUUUUGUAAUGUUAAGACUUUAUUCUUGCAACAUAAUUACUUUAUUCUCAAACUACGACUAUACUUGCGACGUGACGAUGUAUUCUCUUAUUCUAAUAAACAUCAUCACUUUGACUUUAUUCUUGUCAUGUUACAAUUUUAUUCUCUUAUACACCAUGUGUGAGCACGUUUGUUAGCUUCAAAGCGGUAAUGGAAUGUGUAAAUACGCUGUAAAAGACAAACUGUAUUAGCUUAAAGGUUGCAUCACAUAUUAUUGUACGCUUAUUUUGUUUGUGAUGAUUUGAGUCAUUUUAAUAAAAAAAACUAAACAAGAUGCAAGUAUCCACUUUGGUACAAUUGGUCAUGAUUUCCAAUUAGGAAAUAAAGAUCACACAAUCACGCAUAUAUUUACAGUUUUAUUUAGUUGACUCGUGUCAUAUGUGACGACAUUUUUGACUGUUUCCUGAACGAUUUAGUGCCUGUCGCACCAAGUAACACCAUGAGUUCAUUGUCUUUGGGUGUUAUUGAUCAUGUUUUCCAAUCAGGAAAAAAACAAUACACAUUUUCAGUUUUAUUUCGCCAGUUCGUCUCAUACGUAUACAUAUUUUGGACUGAUUCCAAAUGAGUUAGUGUUGGUUGUGCCAAGCACGAAGAGACAAAAAAAAAAAAAAAGUGAUUCGUCCCCAAAAAAUAAAAACAGCCUAUUCGCCAAUGUAUCUUGGGGGUCUCUUCUCUAUGAAGGCCGCCAUUCCCUCCCGUCUGUCCCGCGUCGGGAUGACCUGAAAUUGUCGAUACACCAACCACUUUAUUAGGUACACCUGCGCAAUCUAACGAGAUCCAACGCAAUCCAACUCCGAACAAGUGCAGUCGUCGUUUACCUGAGCGUAGCACAUCCUCUCGAUGGCCAUUGCUGAAGUGAUGUCAACCUAGAAAGAGUCAAAUGUCAGUCAUGGCACACAGCUGGUGUAAAACGACAACAAUAAUAAACAACUUGUGUACCUCCAUGCCUCUGUUCAUUGCCUCUUUGGCCAGCCGCACA